GCUUAAUGCAACCAUAUAAGCGCCCCAGACUAGACAAUAACAUGGAAAUACACGUGCAGCGCGACUUCAACCCUUCCUCUCCCUCUCACCUGAACUUCAUCCACAGUUCCCAUAUCCCCACCACCGUCUUCUUCUACCACACAUUCCGUCCACUGGCCACCCAGCCCAUCCUCAAUUCUUGUCUUUUUCUUUCAUCACACUAUCAUGCCCGGUACAUUAGAAGGCCGAUAUAUCAGGCUUGAAGUUAUCAGUGGAAAAAAUGUUAAAGUCCCUUCCGAGCGCAUUCCCGCAGGCAUCUACGUAUCCGUCAAUCUCGAGUCGGGCAGGCGCUGGAAAUCAGCCAUCGGAGUCUUAUCAUCUGACGAAUCUAUAACGUGGCGCGAUACUGCGAACUUAUCGUUAGAUGCUUCGCCUACGUUAUCAGUGGAGAUCAGGGCUUCCUUCGAGCUCGAUCAGAUGCUGGGCAAUGGAGAACUUGUUGGAGAACUUGAAAUGUCAUGGGAUGCACUGCUCGAUCAUGGAAAUGAGCCUUUCGACAUAUCCUUCCCGUCCGUUCGUGGUGUUCACCCUUCCCUCAUACUAAAGGCUACGGUUCUACAUAAUUGCGACAAUCAGGACAGCGCACUGCUUGACUUCAUCGUUGAAUGUCAGAUUACUCAAGACACGGAUGCGGGUCAUGAACGAUUUGCCGCAUACGUCACAAGCGAGACGGUCUCUCACCUGAACGAUGCUGUAAAGCAUUUUCAGUUGGUCCUGGACCAAUGUCCGGUCGGCCAUCCUCACCAGGCAGCGGCUCUCACCAACCUCGCGUGGGUCCGCCUUCAAGGCUACAUUCGAAAGGACCUUCAAGACAUCGACUGUAUCACUUCUCUCUUCCGCAAGACCCUUGCAUUGCGUCCGCAGGGCCACCCCGAUCAUCCAUUAUCCAUCUAUCACCUUCUUAAAGCGUUGAUCUGGCGCUACCGCAAGGAGAACUUCACCGCCGCCUAUAUUCAGGAAUCGGCACAACUGUCGUGCAAGCUAUUGCCCCUCUGUCCAGAGGACACCUACCUUCAUAACAUUGCAACAGGGGCAAAUGGCGUCGAUUAUGUGAUCCACGCAUGCAACAAUCUUCCAAUAGACGCAUCCGAUGAAGGUAUCUACCUUUGUCGAGUCGUACUCGAGCUCUGCCCUCUGGUAAAUGAACACCGUUCAAAAGCACUCUACAAGCUUUCACGGGCUCUCAGCGCACAUUUUGAACAACGCGGCACCAUCGAUGAUCUGGCAGAGAGCAUACGGCAUAGUCGUGAAGCCGUUUCUCUGUGCCCCGAGGGACAUUCUGAACGCGAGACCUACCUGAAUGACUUGGCCUACUCACUCCAGUCCCGCUUUGAUCACCAGGGCAGCUCAGAUGACCUCAAUGAGGCUAUCUCUUUGUAUGAAGAAGCGUUGCGCCCGCGCCCUGUUGAGCACAAAUUUUGUGAUUUCUCACUGGACAACCUAGGAGAUGCCCUACACACCCGUUUCAACCAAUGCGGUGAUGUUAACGACAUCAUCAGAUCCAUCAGCCUCCGGCGCGAGGUACUGACAUUGCGCCCGCCUGGGAAUCUAUAUCGUGAUUACACACUUAACAACCUUGCCGGCACGCUCCAAACCAGAUAUGAGAAAUCGGAUGCCAGCGAAGAUCUCGACGAGGCCAUCGAGCUCUACCGGGAUUCACUUCAGUUAAGGCCGCAUGGCCAUCCACGUCGCCAUACAGCUCUUUACAAUUUGAGCUCGGCGCUCUGUUCUCGAUUCACGCAAACUCGGAAGAAUGAAGAUAUCGAGGAGGCCAUUCGACUCUGCCAAGAGUCAUUGGAGGCUUUGCCUUCACUGCACCCAAGUAGAUAUUUCAGCUACGGGUGGCUGCAACAAGCCUAUUUGUCUCGUUACCGAGUGCAACACAACUCUACUGACUUGUCACUUGCUGUAGAGAACUUCAGACUGGCAUCACAGCAUCCCACUCAAGGACUCCCGGCACGCAUUGGAGGGGCUAUAGAAUGGGCUCGCCAAGCAGAAGUUUAUCAACACGACUCUGCCCUCGAGGCAUACCAAACGUGCUUGGAGCUUUUGGACAACCAUCUAAUGAUGCGGUCAACGAUUAUCUCACGGCGCGAAGCUGCAGCCGCUUUUCGCAGUGCACAAUCACUGCCCGUAGAUGCAGCCUCAUGUGCCGUACGUCGGGACGAUCUGAGACAUGCAGUUGAACUCGUGGAGCAGGGUCGUGGCCAGCAGUGGUCACUGGCCUCCCGACUUAGGACACCACUUGAAGACCUCCAGUCCACGAGUCUCCAGCUAGCUCGCAAGCUCUCAGAGCUUAGCAAGAGUCUUUCCGAUGCUCAAGGUUCCGCAAUCAAUGCAGAUCGAGUUGCUGCUGAUCAGGCAGCAAUCCAAUACAGGAGACUUACGGAGCAAUGGAGAGCUGCGGUAGCUGAGAUCCGUAAUCUUCAAGGUUUCUCGCGGUUCUUGCUCCCGCCUUCAUACGAAGACUUGCAAGCGGCAGCGCGUCAUGCGCCAUCGUUGUCCCCACGUCAGGAGAGUCCACACAACGUUCAAUUCCCGCGCAUCACUCUCACACAUCUGGAGAAGCUCAAGAAUGACUUUGCCAGGGAGAUACGACUUGCAUCUUUUAUGCGACCAAAGGAAACGAGGAAGGAAUUGCAAGUCCUCUUGCGGACAGUAUGGAAUGAGAUCAUACUGCCCAUUGUCAUCGUCCUCCAGCGCGAUCUCAGAGUGACAAGUGGCUCUCGAAUCUGGUUGUGUCCAACUGCAACCUUUACUUCCAUCCCACUCCAUGCAGCUCACCCCUUUCAAACGAAAGCAGACGGACGGCGUGAACUAUGUCUGGAGGACGUCUAUAUCUGUUCUUACACGCCGACACUUUCAGCUCUGAUAAGAUCUAGGCAGAUGAUGAAGAAACGUGCGACUCCGUCAUUUGUUGUAAUUGGGCAAAGUUCCCCGGGUGCGGGGCAAGGCAAGGCUCUCUUGACUGUUGACAGUGAGCUUGAGCUCGUCCGCAAACUCGUCCCCACGACUGCCAACCCCACCACUCUUUCCGGCGACGACGCCACGCGAGCAGGUGCACUCGACGCUUUGCAAUGCAACACCUGGGUGCAUCUCGCUUGUCAUGGGAAGCAGGACCGUGAGCAGCCUUACUAUUCACGUUUCGCCAUGAAAGACAAACCUCUGACGCUGCUCGACAUUAUGGAGAAAGACAUUCCUCACGCUGAGUUUGCAUUCUUGUCGGCGUGUCAUACCGCUGUUGGCGAUGUGAAGACACCCGACGAAGUCAUCCACCUCGCAGCUGGACUCCAGUUUUCAGGGUUCAAGAGCGUCAUUGGCACGUUGUGGGUGGUCGACGACGCUGUCGCGAAACAUGUUGUCGAAGCUUUCUACAAGAACAUGGUCAAGGAUUUGGAGGAUGGUGAGAUGAUGGACUGUACGAAGGCGGCCUGGGCACUCAACCGUGCUACAAAUGCCGUGAAGACGAAAGUUCCGCUUGAGCAGCGGAUGGUUUUCAUACAUAUUGGUGUGUAGUUCUAUAUCGCAUUGCUUCGAUAUCGUACAUUUCUACAAGUUAUUCUCUUUCGUCCAUGCUGUACUUAAAGUUGUAGGAAUUACCGCAUUAGCCUCUGUGUCUCACCCGUGCUUUAGCCGUCUUGUUUUCGCUUUCGCAGUAAUGCUGUCUAUUCUAGAGUCUUCAACAAAGUCAUUCGUUUCUCGAUG